AUGACCCCUGCCGAAGCCCAAGAAGAGCGUGAGAACAUCUACCACCCAGAUCUUCCUUUUGUUGAGCGCAUCGAGGCGUGCAUCCAGCGCUACCGCGCCCGCCGCCGACUGGGCGCCUCGGACCAGAUCUUCAACAAAUACCUCUUCCUUGGCGGCAUCGACUCCACCCCGCGCAUGUUUAGUGGCCACGUCGAUGCCGACUUUCAAGACAUGAGCCCGGAGGAGAAGCGGGCCGCGACUGCCGUCGACACCGUCCACGUGUCCGGCGGCGGCAGCCGCUUCUACAACGACAGCGAGCGGGCCGGCUGGGACGUUGACUUUGCUGGCGUCGCUGCGGGCUUCUUGUCUGAGAACCUCCCGACGAUGACCGCCUGGGACUACCCCCAGAUGGGAAAGGCCGUCGGCGUGUUGGAGAACUUUCUCACAUACGUUCUCCAGCACGAUGUCUGCCCCGAGUAUGAUGCCAAUGUCAAGGAGGCACUGGCUGUCUGUCAGAGAGCCAAGGUCGAGCUGCCCCAGACGCACCAGGCGCUCCUGUUCUUCCCCGGAGAGUUCAACCUGGCGUUGUCGGAGCUGUUCUGCGAAGAUUACUACUUCUUCGGGGAGGGCGAGUUUCAAAGGCCCGCAAACUUUGCACCCGAGAACGUCUUCAAGGUUGCGUUAUCAACAGUGGGGAGCCAGAAGCAGUAUGAAGCAGUGAUGGAGGGCUUGGCCAGCAAGUCCGUCAAGGUCGUUAGCGAGGAGGAAUGCAGCAUGGAAGUCGUUUCCGUCCACCGCCCUAGCACCGAGUCACGCAACCUCGUCCGCAGCGUCGCGUUAGACCAAGGAGGGCCAUUCGCGCCCAUCGGUUGGAUAGUCGCAAAGCCGUGCCUUAUUGAAGACGGCUUCGAUCGUGGAGAGCACUUUGAGCUGUCAGAGAAGGAGGAGACCUUUUUCCUGGACGACGCUAUCCUCUCGAGACUGGAGCCAGGAUUCAAGCUGCAGCUCUGCGUCUGCGAGCUCAACAUUGGCAUCAGGUUCAUCAAGCAGGCGCGGCUCGUGCUCGUCGAAUGGCACACCUUUCUGCCGCAGAAUCUCAUGCUGCAUUUCAAGGAGCCCGUGCCGAAUGACCGGCCUCCUCAGUCGGCCGCAGCGCCCGAGGCUGAAGGUGGUCCUGCCAAGGCGGCCAAGCGGGUGUCGGCAGAGUCAUGA